UCUUUCAGAUAAAAAUUAUAGUGUCAACACAUGUAGGUGAAUUGUCAUAAAUACCCCCAUGAAGAUCUCAACUUACACAGCACAGAAAGGGACAGUAAAGCAUACGAGGCCUUUUGAACAAAGAAUAUGAACCACCAGAUUUAGAUUUUUCCAGGUAAACUGAAGGAAGUGAAGGCAGAGGAAUCAGAUAUUAGAUUGUGGUUGCCACAUGUCAAUUCAAGCAGCCAAUCACAGAUUCACCCUUUAUCCAUCAAGAUAAGCCUCUUCUUCUUCAUACAAUAUCAGCUUCUUCAUACACACCACCAAUUAUUCACUGCAUUCAAGGAAAAAUCAACCAACAUGGCCUCCGCCUGCGCUUCAUCAGCCAUUGCAGCAGUUGCAUUCUCUUCUCCAAGUUCCCAGAAAAAUGGAUCAAUUGUAGGAGCAACAAAGGCUUCUUUCCUUGGAGGGAAAAGAUUGAGAGUAAGCAAAUACGUCGCACCAGCUGGAUCAAGAUCGGUUGCUGUCUCUGCUGUUGCUGCUGACCCUGAUAGACCCCUCUGGUUCCCUGGUAGUACCCCUCCUCCAUGGCUCGAUGGCAGCCUCCCCGGGGACUUUGGUUUCGACCCUCUUGGCCUUGCAUCUGACCCGGAGAGCUUGAAAUGGAACCAGCAGGCAGAACUUGUACACUGCAGAUGGGCAAUGUUAGGUGCUGCAGGCAUUUUCAUCCCAGAAUUCCUAACAAAGAUUGGCAUUCUUAACACACCUUCAUGGUACACUGCUGGUGAACAAGAAUACUUCACCGAUACAACCACUCUCUUCGUCAUUGAGUUGGUACUUAUUGGCUGGGCUGAGGGAAGAAGGUGGGCAGAUAUCAUCAAGCCUGGGUGCGUAAACACAGACCCCAUCUUCCCUAACAACAAGCUCACGGGCACAGAUGUCGGAUAUCCAGGAGGCUUAUGGUUUGAUCCUUUAGGUUGGGGAUCUGGUUCUCCUGAAAAGAUCAAGGAGUUGAGGACAAAGGAGAUCAAGAACGGAAGGCUGGCCAUGUUGGCUGUCAUGGGUGCAUGGUUCCAACACAUCUACACUGGAACAGGACCAAUUGACAACCUUUUCGCUCACCUUGCUGAUCCUGGUCACGCCACUAUUUUUGCUGCUUUUCAGUCCUAAGUAAGAAGCAGGAGCACCAUUUGUUGGCAUUGAUGUGUUGGAGUGACACUCUGAAGAUCUGAAGAAAGAAAUUUUAGAAAUUGUUUUCCAACUUAAUGUUGUAUCACUAAUCUUAAAUUACCUCUGUGUCCAUCUUCUGUAGAAAAUGAUUAAGCAGUGUACAAAUACCUAUCGGAACUCCUAACAGCACUAAAAUAAAUACCAAGACCUCAUUAAGCUGCA